UGUCUUGUCAGUAAUCACAAACAGACCAACCAGUAUUCAUUCAGUGAUUAAACAGCGAACAGUCGCGAACGGGAAUCGUAAUUGAGGUGUAGUGUUUUGUAAAAGUGGAAGGCAUAAUGGUGAAAAUACACAACUUCGGCGCUGGCCCUGCCAAAUUACCAACAGAAGUUUAUAAUCAAAUACGCGAAGAAUUGACAGACUUUAGACGCACUGGAAUAAGUUUAUUGGAAACAAGUCACAGGUCGCCGACCUAUAUGAAGUUUAACACAGAAGUACAAGAACUUGUUCGGAGACUAUUGAAUGUACCAAAUAACUACAAAAUCCUAUUCUUGGCUGGCGGAGGUCAAGGUCAGUUUUCUGCUGUUCCUCUUAACCUGAUAUCAAGAACUGGAACUGCUGACUACGUAGUCACAGGAUCCUGGUCAGCAUUAGCAGCUAAAGAAGCGAAGAAAUAUGGAAAAGUGAACCUAGUGCUACCAGCCACAGACAAAUACUCAGGCAUACCUGAUCAGUCUACUUGGAAACUGGAUCCUAAUGCUUCCUAUGUUUAUAUAUGUGGAAAUGAAACCGUUCAUGGGGUUGAAUUUGAUUAUAUCCCUGACACUAAGGGAAUCCCUCUGGUAGCUGAUAUGUCUUCGAACUUCAUGUCAAAGAAAUUAGAUGUUUCAAAGUUUGGAGUAAUUUAUGGAGGUGCCCAGAAGAACAUUGGAACAGCCGGCGUAGUUUUAGUCAUUGUAAGAGAGGAUCUUCUGAAUCAAGCUCUACCGAUAUGUCCUGCUAUACUCGAUUGGACAGCGAACGCAAAAGCAGACUCAAUUUUGAACACACCGCCUAUGUUUGCAAUCUACGUUAUGGGAAAAUGUUUGGAAUGGAUAGAAAAAAUGGGCGGCCUUGACAAAAUGGCUGAAUUAGCCACCAAAAAGUCUUCAAUGGUUUAUGAUUUUAUUGAACAAUCUAAUGGGUUCUACAAUGCCGUUGUUGCGAAAAAUGCUAGAAGUAAAAUGAAUAUUCCAUUCAGAAUCGGAUCAGCAAGUGGCAACGAAGAUCUGGAGAAAGAAUUUUUGAAAGGAGCAGAUUCUUUAGGACUUAUUCAACUGAAAGGGCAUAGAAGUGUUGGCGGAAUCCGAGCAUCAACUUACAACGCGGUGACUGUCGAAGAAGUGGAAAAUUUGGUGAAAUAUAUGAAAGACUUUUAUCUAAAACACGCCAAGUAAAUAAGAACUAACUGUUUAGAAAACUUUAGAUACUUUAAGCAGAUUUAUUAUUGUAUUAAAUAAUCUAAUGAUUUUUUAUUUUUUUAUAUUGAUUUGUCAACUAUCAUUCUGACUUGUUAAUCGUAAAAUAAAAUAAUAAAAACGUCUCCUAUGCUUUUUUAAAUCAGUUUAAUAAAGCUGCCACGUACAACUAACGCACAGUACCUUAUCUUUGAAUAAGGCCCGGUUUUCACCACAGCGUCUCGAGAGGAGAGGAGAUGCUUUUGAUAACCAAUCAGAUUUCGUUAUUUCCACAUGUCAAAUGGAUCAAGCGGAGAGGAGAGGAGAUGUCUCGUUUCUCUAGUUAUUUAUUCUAUAGAAUAUUCAGAAUUUUGUCUCGCACACACGAAAGCGUCAUUUAUUCGAUUGACUGAUCAUGAAUGUAAAAAGCGUUCUUUCCGUAUUUUCAACCGACUUCAGUAGUUUAGCGACGUAUUUUAACUCAAAAAAGAGGAGGCUCCAAAAAUAUUAAUAAAUAUUUGCAUUAACUCUUGUUUUACAUAUUAAUAUAAGUAGUCGGUAAUAAAUUAAAUUAUUUUUUUACUUUUAGUGUUUGUUGUUAUUGGAGUCGGUUUCUUUUUCAAAUAUUUUCAGUUAAGUUUGCAAAAUGGUUGACGAACACGUUUCCGUCGAUAGUUUAAAUAUUGGAGAAUUAAUUGUGUUUCUUCAACCUUUAAUUCCUCUUCCUCAAGCAAAUUAAAAUAUAAAUUUUGUAACGACAUGAUGUCUUCCUAUUUUAGACAUCAGUUGUCUGAUUUCGAGCUCUCACAGCUCACAUCUCCACUAUGCAGAACUCACAUCUCUCCGCAUUGGUGGAAAUAACUUGACCGCUUCACGGCUAAUCUCCUCUCGUCUCCACUUUGGUGGAAACCGGUUCUAAGUCGACACGAUAAUAUAACAAUGUAUUCUUAUUAUGAAAAAACCAAUCAGUCUGUACCGCCCGCGGCGCAAUACUUUUAUGAAAUACUAGCUUUUGCCCGCGAUUUUGUCCGCGUGGUGGAGUUAAUUUGGGGGACCUUUUUUUUAUUUUUGUACCAAAUAUGAUAAAAAUCGCAUUCAUAUUUAAGUUUGAAAACGUGACUUUGUUUGGACUUCAUACGUACUUUAGUCCCCCUUUUUCAUCCACACGCAGGUGUAAAUUUCGAAAACGAUAGAACCCAUAUUUAUUUAUUUUUUAUCAAGUGCCUAAAUACAAAGUUUAAUGGUGACUUUUAAUCUUUAAUAGUGACGAACGUCCAUACAACAUUCCACCCCCAAUUUCAACCCCUAACUCUUAUUUGCCAUAAAAGGUAGCCGAUGUCCUUUUCCAAGUUCAGGUCCUAUCUCUGUACUAAAUUUCAGCAAAAUUGUUUUAGUUGUUUAGGCGUGAAAGCUUAAUAAACAAACUUACAUUCAAAUUUAUAUUAUUAGUAGGUAUUGAGAUUUUGUUUGCGGACGUCGUAAUAAUAUUAAACAAGAAACAAGGUUUUUUAAACAUACUGUAUAAUAAAACUCCUUUGCUUGGUGGAAAGUGACAGAUUUAGAUAACUGUCAUAAAGAUUAAUUGUUAAAAUUAAAUUUGUAAACAAAAUUUAUGAACGAUGCCGGACUCAAACCUGUGACCUGUCGGGUUCAGUCCGAGCGCUGUUCCACUGAGCCAACCGUUCGAGUGACGUAUCGUUCAUAAAUCUUGGAAUGUCUUGUUCAUUGUAAAUUGUCGCUUUCUUUUUAUUUUUUACUGUUAUUAUUGAUGUAUAAGUAUCUAUAUUUUGUCGUUAGUUUGUGAAAACAAUGUGAAGAACCCCUUAGUUUAUUGUUGAAUUGGACUUAUUAUUAGAAAUCUAAAUUAUUUGGAUGUUAGCAAUUGAAAACUGGCUGUGUUAAAUUUAAUAUAAAAACAAUAUUUUAUGAUUAAAAACUAAUAAAAUAUUUUCCUAA